GGGUUGAACUCGCACUGCCAAGCCGUAUAUCAUCGACUGUCAUCGAGACAGAGUUUCGAGAAGAGAAACAUCAGAAUCGAUCUGCUUGGAUAUCUGGACAAUGAAGAUCCUACUCAUCUUAAUCCUUUGCCUGAUUGAAGGUGGGGUCGUGGCAUUUAACCUGACAGGAUAUGCAGGGGGAUUGAUCCUAAUCAAGUGUAAUUCCACGUUUGACAAAUCUACCAAGUCUUUCUGCAAGGAAGCAAAAACCUUUGGCUGUGAUGAACUUUUUAAGAGCAAUGUGUCAGAACAUUGGCAAGGAAAAGGACGAAUCUCUCUGUAUGACAACAACUCAAAAGGCUUCUUUAAGGUGGCCAUGCGAAACUUAACAGUGAGUGAUACUGGCAAAUACUGGUGUAAAGUCAAUGGAAGGAAGAUUAAUGGCACUGAAGUACAUCUGAAUGUAAUUGAAGAUAAAAGAGAAUCCAGGAUUGAGCUUGGAUCUGUGGGACAAGACAUAUCCAUUAAGUGCCCGUAUGACAUAAAGUACACAAAUGAGCUGAAAUACCUGUGUAAAAAUGAAGGUGUUGCAUGCAAGGACAGAAUAAGAACAGGGAUAAAGGACAAAUGGUUCAAUAAUUCUGACAAUCCCAAUAAGGACAAAAAAAGAUUCUCUCUCUACGACAACACCACUGAAGGAAUCUUCACGGUCUCCAUCACAAAUCUCACAAAAGAGGAUGCUGGGAUAUACUGGUCUGGUGUCCAUGUCUCAUUUCAGGAGAACUCUCCCCUCUCAGUGGACAAUAUCACUGAAGUCAUACUGAACGUCAAGAAUGGUAAUAGUUCUAUUUUGCUGCGUCUUUGA